CUACAUUACUUCAAUCAAAUAGAGAGAGAGAGAGAGAGAGAGAGAGAGAGAGAGAGAGAGGGCAAAUUCUAAUUUCAUGGCGAAUUCUAAGCUGCAAGCAAUUUGGAACCACCCAGCCGGCCCGAAAACUAUCCAUUUUUGGGCUCCAACUUUUAAAUGGGGCGUAAGCAUUGCCAAUAUUAUCGACUAUUCAAAACCACCUGAACAACUCUCCUACGUUCAGCAAUCAGCCCUUACAUGCAAUGGACUUAUAUGGGCAAGAAACAGCUUAAUAAUUACACCAAAGAACUGGAAUCUUUUCAGUGUCAGUAUUGGGAUGGCUGCAACUUCCAUGUUUCAACUUUCACGUAAAAUUCAGCAUGACUUAUCUCCCAAAAACCAACAAGCUGCUGCAAAAGCAUAAUGAAGAACAUCACUUCAUCAACUUGUUAUAGAGUAACUUGGCAUACCAAGUUGGGCACACUCUGAUUUGAGUUAUGUAAACUGCUUAUUAGUUUCUUUCUGUUUUUGAAAUACAAUUGAUGGUAAAUUACGGAAGAGUGAGAUUAAACUCGAGUGUGAUGAAUAAGCACACCGUGCCCAACUAACCGGACUAUUUAUGUUAUAAUUACUUGAUAAAUUAUAUUUUUUU